AUGCUCCUUUAUUCCUCCCUUACAGCAUGGGGCUUUACUGCUUAUGCCUUCGUCUUUCUUGCGAAGCCUGCGGUUGCAGAUGUCUUCAGUGAUCCGGAUGUUUCGGGGCAACAAUGGAUAUUUGACACGAUCAAUAUAGCAGGAGUGUGGGAACAAGGGAUUUUUGGGAAAGGCGUUAGGGUUCGAGUGAAUGAUCAGGGCGUUGACUCGAGUCAUGAUGAGUUUUUCGGUCGCUUUGACGUAGGUGGAUCCUGUGGUCUGUACGAAGCACCAUAUGACGAAGAAAAGCAAGAGUUCUAUCAACAUGGAACUAAAGUGGCAUCAAUAUUAGGUGCUGGUGGGAAUAAUGACGGAUGUUCGGUUGGGGUUGCUCCAGGAGUUACUUUGUCAUCGUGCGUCUCAACAACGACUCCCAAUACAGACGAAACUGCACAAGAUGGGACUUGGCUUUCGCACAAACUUGAUGACAUGGAUAUUUCCAACAAUUCUUACGGCACCAUUCCCUGCAUCAGUGCGGAAACCUUCACGAUAUCCGACAUGUUUGAAGAUGUGGACGAAUGCCCAUUCGCAGACCGGCCUGAAGAAUAUAUCUACCGUGGCGAGGAGAUGAGUUUUGAUCACCCAUGCAACGUCUGCACUUUCCCUUCGGACAGCAUUUCCGACAGCUGUGCAAUGGCGAUAUACGACCAUUGUUCUUUGUAUUACGAAUGGGACAGAGACACGUGCAUCAACCUUUUGGACGGUCUAACAAGAAGUGGUCAAUGCUCGUUUCUCAGUGAAGAUGAAACAAUAGUUAGAUCCCUGGAACGGGGUGCGGAACGAGGACGAGAUGGAAAAGGAAUUAUAUACGUUUUCUCAUCAGGAAACAACCUCGCAUUUGGCUCUGACACCAACUUGUCUGCAAGGUGGCAAUCACGAUUCAUCAUAUACGUUGGAUCUGUAGGCAGAGAUGGCCUACAUACUCAGUACUCCACUCCCGGGGCUUCCUUGUUUGUCGUAGCACCAAUCGGUGAUCGGGACGACCCUUUGACGAUAGUCACAGCCCGUGCUGGAGGAGGUUGCCAAACGACCGGAUCCGGAACCAGUUUCUCGGCUCCCAUUGUUUCUGGAGUUAUUGCACUCAUGCUUGAUGCUAAUCCGCGCUUAAGUUGGCGUGACGUUCAAGGGAUUAUUGCAACUACUUCGAGAUCUGUCACGCACUCUAUCUACGACGACGAAUCACAGGUCGUAAAUGAUGCUGGUUUGAGACAUUCGCAUCUAUAUGGUUUCGGUAUUGUUGAUGCUCUAGCAGCGGUAACAGCCGCUCAAAAUUGGGAAUCAUACGGAGAUGAAGUUGUAGUUACAGAACGUUCAAAUGUAAUCGACUUGACCAUCGGCGACAACCCUGACGACCCCACUUUUGCGCAGCUAUCUAUCGCUGAUCGAGGUAACUCCAACUUCCUUGUCGAAAAUGUGGAGGUAUACGUUUAUCUCAGGCAUUUAUCAAGAGGACACCUAAAGAUUACCCUCACGUCCCCUCGCGGCACUGUCUCGGAAUUGACACCAGGAUCCCGCCCCGAGAAUGGACAAGAUGGGCAACCUUGGAUCUUGAGAACUGUACGAUCAUGGGGUGAAAGUGCCGAAGGAACUUGGUCCUUAUCGGUUGCGGAUACAAAAGAAGGAGACGUCAGUUCAUGUGUUGACAUUUUUGACUGGCAAGUCGAAGGCUCUUACUACACGCAUGACUGUAAUUUGAUUGAACGGAUUCCUGAUCUUCACGAUCAAGAGGAGGCUGAUUGGCUGAGAUUUCUCUUUACUGAUAAAGAGAUUAUGGAUGCUUGCUGUGUCUGUGGAGGUGGAAAUGGCUCUGGAUCAGGCUGCGCUGACGAAGACGGCGCAGAUGAAACGUGCAGCGAGGUAGAGUUUUGGAAAGUAUGCAGCAACGGAAGCUUGGGCGAUUACUACGAGCGUUUCGAUCUUAAGGACAAUCAAGGUCGUACGGUGUGGGAUGCUUGUUGCAUUGCCGGAGGUGGCAACGUCUACAGCGAUCCUGAUUCCUUCAGAGACAGGCUAGUACGUUGGGAGCUUCGUGUGUACGGUCAUGAGGAAGCGAUUCCAACUCAGCCUCCAACUAGACAACCCACACCAAAUCCAACUAGACAACCUAUACCACGGCCAGUAAGCGAGCCAACAAGAGGACCAACACGACCUCCAACUAGGUCUCCAACAAACCCUCCUGUAGGAACUCCAACAACGAGCCCAACAGAUCGUCCAAGUGGACAAGCGGCACAACCUUCUUCGAAUCUACCUUGUGUGUCGGAAAGUUCGAGCCUGCCAUUCGGGCUCUGUUUUGGUGAUUGCGAUACAGAUAUGGAGUGCCAAGACGGACUGAUUUGUUUCCAAAGAAAUAGUUUCGAAUCGGUUCCGGGAUGCUCGUGUGGGGAGACAAGAGAGAGUUUGACUGACUUUUGUAUAUCCGCACCGGAGCCUGAAGUGACAGAGACCAACGACCUGCCAUUGGCUUUAUGCCAUGGUGAUUGCGACACUUCCCUGGAUUGUCAGCCUGGACUCGUAUGUUAUCAAAGAAACGCUUUCGAUCCGGUUCCAGGUUGCUCUGGUGGUGAAGACGUUUCAUCAAGCACGGACUUUUGUGUCAAAGACGUUUAUGCAAAGGAUCCAACGGGAACGCCAACGGAUUCUCCUUCAAAGCAGCCAACCAGGUUGCCAUCAAAGCCUCCCAUAGGAACGCCUACUAGGUCUCCAUCAAAGCCACCCAUAGGCACGCCAACAACGGAUCCAACAACUCGACCAAGUGGACAAGCGGAUCAACCUUCUUCAGACCUACCCUGUGUGUCGGAAAGUUUCAACUUUCCCUUGCAGCGCUGUUUUGGUGAUUGCGAUACAGAUAUGGAAUGCCAAGAUGGUCUAGUUUGCUUCCAACGAGAUAGUUUCGAAUCGGUUCCGGGGUGUUCUUGUGGGGAGUCAGUCGAGAGUUUAACUGACUAUUGUGUAUUCCCACCGGGUCCUCAAGAAGUGGAUGAGACCAACGACUUUCCUCUUGGGCUCUGUGAGGGAGAAUGUGACACAGAUUUCGAUUGUAGCGACGGACUUGUAUGUUAUCAAAGAAAUGCUUACGAGCAGGUUCCGGGUUGCCUUGGUGGGGAAGAUGAUUCCUCGAACAGCGACUUCUGUAUCAAGGAAGUACUCUUUGUGGUACCAGUGCCAAUAGGAUCUCCUUCUGGAAGUGAUCCGGGGGUUACUCUACAGCAGACCGAGCCUCCUACCCCUUCCGUUACUGUUUCUCUGCCGGUGAACGCAGCCGAUAGUAGUUCUGCAAAAGCAAAGAUGUUGUGCGUUUGGGGAACAAUGUUGGCAAUCAUAUGUGCGUUUGUUGUAGUCUAA